GUCGCGGAAAACGUCAACCGAAGAUUGCGGCACGACCAGAAGAACGAGAACCAUCAGAACGACGGAAAAAUUUUCCCGACCUGACGGAAAUCGCGAGAAAAUCGGAACCCGCGGUGUGUGGGUUUCAAUCGUUCCGUUCCGGUGGUGGCCACGGGUGGAAAAGCGGGUUCCCGGUGGGAUAGAUAAUCUGGGAGUGCUUCCGGAUUUGGUGGUGGGAGUUGUUUGGGAAGGAAGAUUUUAGUGAAGAGAGGAAGAACAGUGUUUUGCGUCGAUUUAAAAAGUGAAAAUUCUCCUUAUAAAUAAAUGAUUUUGUUUGGUUGAUUGAACUAGAAGUUGGGAAGAUUGUAAAAUGUUGUUGUCUAGGAAAAAGGGGUUGGCUUUUUGCUGAAACAGUUCUUCCAAAAAGUUAAACAAAUUGCAAAACCAUGUACACCGCCGGCGGCAACCUGGCGGAACUGCCGGUCUACCGGCGGCUGCAGGAUCCGGAAGCGGACGACCGGAGCAUCAGCUCGACCAGCAACGAAACGGACGCGGACGAGUACCACUCGCUGAUUGACGAAUCGUACCGGAAGAGCAAACCCAAAGUGGGCUACGAGCAGCACCGGCGGAGCCUUCCGUCGACGGGGGGAAACAACUGCACCCGGAACCGGAUUUUCCUCUGCUUUAUCGGGGUUUGCUGCUUCAUGACGGUGUUGAUGAACAUGCCGUGGAGCGCGGAAAAGGGUCGCGUUGGAACCAUCGCCGGCUGGAGUGCCAACACGUCCCGGCAGACGGCCCAUUACGUGCUGCCGGCGGAAAACACCACCGUAAUCGACCCGGUCAACGUGUGCACGGCCGAGGAACGCACCGGCGAGGGUCUCGAGAACGAGAAGGUGUUUCUGCUGAUUGUGGUGUGUUCGGCGCCGCGGAACUUCGAAGCCCGCCAGACGAUCCGCGAAACGUGGGGAAAUGUGAGCGGGUUCAACUAUCCGCAGUUUGCGCAGCUGCACGCGCGCCUCCGGGGCGAGUAUUUGGAUCCGAGGCCACCGGACAGGGAUUUGGCCGAUUUUAUGCGGCGGGUGACGGGUGCGGAUGGGAUUGCCGUGGCCAGUGAACGGACGCAGAAGCAGCAGCAGCACCAGCACCAGAGUGCUGCGCCAGAAAGGCACCACGACCGUAGCCGCCGCGCUACCGAUCCUCACAGCAGUAGUAGUAACAAAUCUAGUCAAUCAUCUCCUGCGCCAUCCCAGUCCACCUCCACCACGCCGGGUGGCGUUCCUUCCCCGCUGGACGGCGCCCUCCUCAACGUCAAGGUAGUAUUCCUGCUAGGCCAAACCGAGGCCGAGUAUUUGCAUCAACGCACCGGCAAACCAGUGGCCGGCGAACAACAGCAACAGACGACGCCCCUUGCGCCGGUUGAGCAGACCACGGCGACGCGACCUCCGAGCUUGUUCCAGCCGGGCGGGGACGUCGAUCCGGCGUUUAACGUGCGCGAAGAGCCCGAACUGGACGAGCAGCAGCGGCGGUUGCUGAACGAGAGUGAGGUGUACGGGGACAUCAUUCAGGAGAGCUUCAUCGAUAGCUACAACAAUUUGACGCUCAAGACGAUCAUGAUGCUCAAGUGGGUGAACAACAAUUGUGACGGGCGAGUGAAGUACAUCAUGAAGUGCGACGACGACACGUUCGUGAACGUGCCCAACUUGCUGCAGGUGCUGCUCGGCGGGACGGUGCCGCUGUACAAGGCGUCCAUUCCGUUCUACGACCGGAACACGGUGGCGGUCAAGUCGGCCAAGAAUCGGCUGGUGCAGGUGCGCCGACUGCUGACCGGGUUUUUGUUCUGCGAGGCGAAGCCGAUCACCGAUACCAGCAGCAAGUGGUACUCCCCCAACUACAUGUACAACAAGGAGUUCUACCCCAACUACCUGUCCGGCUCGGGCUACCUGAUGAACCUGGACGCCGCCAAGCUACUCUACCGCAGGCUCCUCACGACGCCCAUCUUCCACCUUGAGGACGUCUACCUGACCGGAAUCGUGGCGGACAGCGUGAAACUGCACCGCUACCACCACCCCCUGUUCUUCUACUCGUCCACCAAGGAUCCGUGCGCCCUGCGCGGUAUGGUCUCCCAGCACCAGCUCGGCCCGUCGGAACUGCGCAUCGCGUACGACUUUGUCACCAACACGACCACAGUUUGCGGUGGGCCCGAGCGUAACUUUAGCAUGGCCAAGAUGAAGCUGCAGCAGCGCAAAAAGUGCCAAUGACACUGAGCCAAGCCGGGGGUGGUGGUGCCGCCGCCGCCACCGUCGAAGACUCGCGCCGCCUUGGCCACGAUCGGGCGGCGCCACUUUGGACGACGCACUCACUAGAUUGGGGAGUUUGUUUUUAUCCAUUUAAUUAGUCCGCGCAUUCUCGUUUGACUCUCCAGUAACUCGUAAUUCUCCGUCUUAAAAGUAGGACAAAGUCAGCAGGAUAAGCCCAAGAACACAAAGUUGUAUAGAAAGUGUAGCUAGUUUUUGUUUAGGUCUAAAUAUUCUAACGAGUUGAUUAUAAACGAAAAACAAAUAAAAUCUGAUCAAAAAAGGCGCCUCUUGUUGGUUGGAAAGUGCAUUCCAAAGCGUGUUAAAUAAAAACAAUUUUUACCAACUAGUGUUUACCAAUUUCAAGCCGAGGGAUUUAGCGAUGGAAUGAAUGGGACAGGACGCGGUAAAACCGAAACCUUUCCAAAAGGGGCGUGUCCUUAGAGCGAGUAACGAGCGUAGUGUUAGCAAAGAGCUAAAAAAGUGAAAAGUUUAAACAAAAAAUAGAAAUCAUUUGAUUCAGCUGUGAUUUGAGAAUAUUUUAGAUAGAUUUACAAAAUAAUAAAGAAAAGGAAAAGCUAGAAUAACUAAUAAAUUACCGUUAGAAAAGUCUGUUUAGCGAAGAUAAAAUCACUAGCGAAAGUUACUAAUUGCGACCCACUCACACAAAACAAGCACACACAAACCUCUUCUUCUUUAGUCGUUUCAGCAAGGCAUUUAAUUUAGAGCUUAGAAAGAUGUGCUUCAAGUGGGGCACACGCAUUACCAAUUUUAGUCAGUCACCUUUUCGCGAAUGUGAAAACCACUCAGCACAAAAGACACAAACGACGAACAACAAAGAUGUAAUUCUCGAGCACAACUGUUUUCCGUUUUAAUUCUUAAAUAGAUUUUAAAUCCUUUUUAGCAAACCGCAACAAAAAAAGCACAGUAAACCAGUAGAAACCGAACAAUUCAUCAUAGUUUAGUAGUUCCUAGGUAGUUUUGUUCUUUUUCUGAGGUAGAAAAAAAAUCGAGUCACUUAUGAUUAAAACGUUAGAAUGUGUAAGAAAAAUCGGUAACGCGAAGCGUUACCAUUGAGUAUAGCUUUAGAAAUUGGGUGCGAGCGUGUGCUGUAACAAAACGAACAAAGAGAGAAUGUAAGCGACGCGCGGGGGCAUUGGAAAAGAAAACCAACUCAGCAGCAUCGAAGCUGUGGGAUUUAGUUCAUAUCGCUUUUCACCUAGGUUUUUAGGAUUGAAUAAAAACGUGUUAAGAUUGACGUCGUCGCAUUUGGGGACGUGUAAAUAAAU